CGAUCGUCCAACUGUUUUAUCAAAUAUCGCACACAGAUGCACCCUCUGAUUGUAGCCAAGUAUGGCAAUCAGAAUAACAAGGAGAUCUCUAAGCUUGCUGGCCAGGCUUGGAGAAAAGAGCCUGAAUGGGUAAAGAGCAUCUAUAGACAGCAGGCCAUUGAGGAGAAGCUGAAACAUGAGGCGUUAUACCCCACAUACAAAUAUUCACCAUCUCGA